AUGGUCUGCGCUGUAGAGAACAAACUUGGAAUCUUGGCACUUUGUAACUUCCUCAAAGGAGCCAAUUUUCCGCCCGGCGUGAUCCAAAUCGUCUCUGGCGAUAGCAAGGUGGGAUUAAUGCUUGCCAGCCAUAUGGAUAUCAACAAGAUCUCGUUUACAGGGAGUGCCUUCGAUGGCAAUGAAGUGCAGGAACUGGCUGCGAAGAGCAACUUGAAGUGUGUCGUUCUUGAACUAGGUGGCAGAUCAACCUCGCUCAUUUUCUCGGAUGCCAACCUUAAAAAUGCGAUCCAGCACCACAGUCGAGGUUUUUUAUUCAAUACUGCCCAAGCGUGCAUCGUUGCUUCCCGAACCUUCAUUGAAGAGUCCAUCGCUCCCAAAUCUAUCGAAAAGCUGAAAAUGCGGUACGAAGAGCUGGCCCACGCAACGGGCGACCCAGCAGAUAGCAAAACUCCUAAGGACGACGCACGCAUCUAUCGCGAAGAAAUAUUCGGGCCUGUGAUACCUAUUCGCACGUUCAAGACAGAAAAAGAGGCAAUAAAACUAGCCAACGAUACCAACUACGGUUUAUCAUGUAUGCAGCAUAUUCAGGUUCUUAAUGGGACUUUUGCUGACUCUUCACAGCAUGCAUCUUCACGACUUCUGUGA